AUGGGGCGCUACAAGGUGGCCCAGGCUCCGGGCGGGGUCAGCUCCAUCAACCUCUCCUGGGGCGAGGCGCCAAACCGAGCGCCUUCUCCUAAGAUGCGGCCAGAGGCCAUGGCUGCAGCGGGGGGCCGCGCGCCGUCGCCUUCCGAGCGCUUUCAGGCACCGUCGGAGCGGAGGUAUGACGCUGGCGCGGGCAUGGCGGGCAUCAUGGGCGGGGCACGCUAUGACCAGCCUGGCCGCGCGCCUUCGCCCUCCGCCGCGCGCGGGUUUGAGCUAGCGCAGGGCAACGGCGCAGAACGCCGGUAUGAGGCACCCUUGCGGCAGCCAUCGCCGGCGCGGCACUACGAGGCGCCAGGGCGGCAACCCUCCCCGGCGCGGCACUAUGAGGGCGCCGCGGGCAUGGCCACGGCCCCGGGCCAGCGGCAUCCCUGCUACGGCGACCCGCAGCAGGUGCCAAUUGGGCGGGCGCCCUCGCCCGGUGGCCGGCGCAUGGAG